CUCACUUUCUUACAAGUUUAUCCCCAACUAUCCCAACUAUAAAACAGUCAUCAUCAAAUUCCAUCAGCUAUAUUCUCCAAAAACACCUUGUCUCUCUCCCUUUCCCUCUCUCUUAAAGCACCUGGAAACCCUCAAGCAUUAAGAGAUGAUGGUGGGAAAUAAUUUCGGUGGGAUGGGGCAAUCGAUAACUACAGUGCCCCAGCUAAGACCCUUUUGUUGCAUUGAUUUCUCAGCCCACAAGUCUACCAAUUUUAGCUUUCUUUUCGGUUCGGGCCGCUCUUCUGCUCCUCUCAACAACAACAGGAACUCUUCUUUUUCUCUAAAUAAAACCACCCGCAAGAACUCAAAUUUGCACUGCUGUCGUUGCAAUAACAGCAAUAAUACUUUGAAGUGGGACUGGAACAGAUGGAACCGCCAUUUUUCUGAGAUUGAACAAGCUGAAAGUUUUGCUUCUGUUCUCAAGUUUCAACUGGAAGAUGCAAUUGAAAAUGAAGACUUUCAAGAGGCUGCAAAGUUGAAAAUAGCCAUUGCUGAAGCUACUUCAAAGGAUAAUGUAGCCCUUAUAAUGUCUGAAUUGAAGAAUGCAAUAGAGGAAGAACGAUACCACGAUGCUUCAAAAUUGUGUAAAUAUACAGGAAGUGGAUUGGUAGGUUGGUGGGUGGGCUACUCAUCAGAUUCUGAUGAUCCCUUUGGCAGACUGGUUCGCAUAACACCUGGCGUGGGCAGAUUUGUUGGCCGGAGUUAUACUCCAAGGCAGUUGGUCAAUUCAUCUCCUGGAACUCCAUUGUUUGAGAUUUUUGUGGUCAAAGAUGCUGAGGAAAAGUAUGCUAUGCAAGUAGUAUGUCUGCAACGAGCUAUAGGAAGUUCAACUAACUCUACCAGUUCACGAUCUAAAUCUACACAGGUUCCAUCCAUUUCUGAAGAUAAGAAUGCAUCUGUAGUGGAUGUUCAGGAAAAUGACAUAAAGACAGAGAAGAGUGAGGAGAAGAGCAUAAAUAUUGAGGAAGCAACUGAGGAAGGGAUAAAAAGUGUGAUAAAUUUUCUCAAAGAUAAGAUUCCUGGGUUAAAAGUAAAAGUUGUGAACAUUAACACUACAGGGGAAGUGAUGGAGGAUAGUGAUUCUGUGAAGCAGUUGAUGCAAGAAGAUGAUGACAAGACAGGGUCUAGUGAGAAUUUGGAACAACAUGCCAGUGAUCUAGAAGAGAUUCAGCCUGAUGAGGUAGCUUUGGAAGGCAGUAGUGAUUCCUCAGAAGAUGGAAAAGAUUUAGAUAUGAAGCUUUUUAUUGGAGGGGUUGUACAUAACAAUGAAGAUACUCCGAGCAAGGAUGAGUAUGUGCGUCUUCCAGCUGAAAUUAAAGAUAUGGAGAGAGAUUCUUUUGUACUACAUGUUCAAAGAAGUCCAGAUUCUGACAGUAAAGAAAGUCAAGCAUUCAAGGUGAAAGUGGCAGCUAUAACAGCUAAAGGUGUUUCUGAGCUUAUGCCUUCAGAUGUUGCAAAGGCAUUUUGGGGUGCAGACAAAGUUUCUUCAAAGGUUUCAAGAAAUGUGCGUGAAAUCGUGAAACUUGCUGUUAGUCAGGCACAGAAGCAAAGCAGUUUAUCUGAGUAUACAACUUUCAGUAGAGUAACAACUUCUAAUAGCAGUUUAGAUCCAUUUGACGGCCUAUAUGUUGGUGCAUUUGGGCCUUAUGGGACUGAGAUAGUACAAUUGAAGCGUAAAUAUGGUCAUUGGAAUAUUGAGGAUGACCCACCCUCAGAUAUGGAGUUCUUUGAGUAUGUUGAGGCUGUGAAGCUAACUGGGGAUCUUAAUGUCCCUGCUGGCCAGGUGACAUUUCGCGCCAGAAUUGGGAAAGGAAGUCGCAAUUCCAACCGUGGGAAGUAUCCAGAUGAACUUGGAGUGGUGGCAAGUUACAAAGGUCAAGGAAGAAUAGCAGAAUUUGGCUUCAAAAAUCCACAAUGGGUUGAUGGUGAACUUCUUCAGCUUAAUGGCAGGGGCAUCGGACCAUAUGUCAAAGGGGCUGAUCUGGGUUUCCUCUAUGUCGUUCCGGAACAAAGUUUCCUUGUGCUGUUUAACCGUUUGAAGCUGCCAGACUAAACCACAUUUGUUUUCAUCUGUCGAAUGUGUCUGAAGGGAGAGUUCCUGUGUAAAAUACGUGUGAGAAAUGCAGUUCGGCCCCACACCC